AUGCACUUAAAUUACACAUGUGUCACUACCAGUCCGCAGAAAGAUUGCCCGCACUUUUAUUUUGACCAGUUUUAUUUCAUAACCCGUUUUUCUUUCCCCUUUCUUUUUUUCCAUUCUUUCUUUCUAAAUUUUUUCAUUUCUUCUUCCUUUAUUUCUUUUUUUAUUUUAAGUGGUUUUAUUUCUUUUUUUUUUUCUUUUUCGUUGCUUCUUUCAUUCUAUUCUUUCUUUCAUUGUUGCUUAUUUUCCAAAAUAUUUCUUUUUAUUAUAUUCUUUCUUUCUUUCUUUCUUUCUUUCUUUCUAAUUUUUCCUCUAUUCUUUCUUUCUUUUCUUUCUUUCGUUCAUAUUUUUAUUGCUGGUAAUAUUUUUAUCUAUCUAUCUAUCUAUCUAUCUAUCUCAAUUUUUAUUACUGGUAAUAUUUUUAUCUAUCUAUCUAUCUAUCUAUCUAUCUAUCUAUCUAUCUAUCUAUCUCAGUCUCUUCACUUCUAUCUAUCUAUAUAUGUUGGUCUCUUCAUGUCUAUCUGUCACUCUUGGUCUCUUUAUAUCUAUCUAUCUUUAAAGACCAGAAUAAAACACACUAGUAUCUAUCUAUCUAUCUAUCUAUCUAUCUAUCUAUCUAUCUAUCUAUCUGUUCAGAUAUAUGUACACAACACGCGCACGCACGCAAUCUAUCUAUCUAUCUAUCUAUCUAUCUAUCUAUCUAUCUAUCUAUCUAUCUAUCUAUAA